UGUGAGGAAGAAGUAAUCGAUAGGUUCGGCACGUUUUGCGCCCACGAGAGAGAGAGAGAGAGAGAGAGAGAGAGAGAUGGUGCGAAUCCACGUUCAGCAGGGUCCCGAGAGGCAGUUCCUGUACGAGUGCUCAGCCACUGCUCGUGUCGGCGACGUCGCCAAGGCCCUUGUCCAAACCCACAACCUUCAGCUCACAAUCCGACGCCUCAUCCUCCAAGCACGAAGGCAACUCCGUCCGGAUAGUGAUCACCCUGAUGCCGGCGGCGCUAGUACUGGCAACAGCUGCAAAACUGGUGAGAGAAGAGAUUCAGGCGCUGGUUUGGAACGAGCAAUAUCAGAAGCUGAAGCGUAUAUUUCGAAGGAACAAGUACUUCACGGGAAGCUUGCAUCACCUCUAUUGCUAAAAGACCAUAUUCAGAAUAUUGAAAGAGAAAUUGCCAACUAUUCUUUCGAGGCGCUUGAACAUACUUCUUUUCAACCCGGAACUUGCGAAGAUGAAGGUCUGGAGUUUCUGCAUGAGGAUGAAACACGAAUAUGGUGGGCCGGAAAGGAACUUCAAAAAACCAAAGCGUUGUCCGAAUAUGUCGGUAAAAAUGAGAAAACAAAGAUUGUAGUCAAAUUGGAGCCUUCAUCUCCUGAACCAUCACUUUGUUCUUCUGUAAGUACUUUUUUUGUCUUCUCUGGUGCUUUUAGUAAAAGGUGGUUGCUCAUUCAUUCUUGGGACUGUGUCACAAGAGAGAAACAAAGAAAGAAGCAAACCUGUUCCUCAAGCCAUUUAUGCUAGCUCAUAACCAUCCAAUACUGGAUUAAUCCGCACUGCAAAAGAAUAUAAAGCUCUGGAGUUGGUUUCCAUUUCUCAAAAAUGGAGCAUGUCUCACAUUCCAAGUCUUACACUACUGGUUGUAGCUACCAUCUCAAUAACUUGCUAUUUUUUUGCCUGUUGGCUCAUUUCGUGUUGCCAUUAUGAAGGCUUUUGUCAAAAUAUGAAAUUGUAUACUUUGAGGUGAACAAUCUGACAACUUUGAGACCUCCAAUUCGUGAAGAUAUGCUGCUCAUUUUAUCAUGCAAACUGGUUACAUUCAUUUUUUAUCAUCGCUCACUCUGCAGUGUGGUUUUCUUUGUUUUUUCCUUCUUUUCUUUCUGUUUUCCAAAUGGGGAACGGGACACGAUCGUAGGACUCCAACAAAAGGUAACCACGGUAAUGCAUCGAUUGGUUGGCGAACAAGGUGUGACCCCUUUAGAUCCCUUUGCAUUGACUAGCAGAUACUCUCAUUCAGUCAAAUCAACAGUCUUUCUUUUCAUCAAAUCAUUGCUUCAUUAUUUGGCAGGUAGAUCAAGGAAUCCUGGACGAAAAGCGUGACAUUUCUAUAUGCUUCUCUGGUUUUUGAGCUGAACUUCUAUGAUCUGCAUUAAGGCCUGGGACGACUUGUAUUGCAUGCUUGUCAGGAUGUACUGCUCUUUUCUAAUUUUCCUUUUUUUUUUCUAAAUGUUCACAUGAUGUCCACAAUUUUCUUACGAACAAUCUGUGCACUGAAAGAUGUUUGACCCAGCUAGCCUUGCGGAUGACAACCUUUCUUGUACCCCAUGGAGGGGAACAUGCUGAAAUUAAGCUCAUCUUAGUGCUGAUUAAAGUGGCAAUUCUGGUCAAA